AAUUUUUCCUUUUUCCUUUAAUUUGUGAAAAAUCUUCGAAAACGAACGUAUAGAUACGCUUUUAUGGUACAGGAGAAGUUCAAGAAAAUAAUAGGUAUUCAAAUUUUAUCGAGUACUUUGGUAGUGUGCUUCAUUCUUUACGAAUUGGCGAACACGUCUUUGAUCAGCUCUAAAUUUCUGGAGUUCGUCCUAUAUUUGACGUGCAUGAUGACACAAAUCUUCGUUUAUUGCUGGUACGGGAAUCAGCUCAAAUUAAAGAGUGUCGAGGUUGUGGACACGAUUUUCGAGUUAGACUGGAUCACCCUUGACAACAGAAGCAAAAAAGGUUUGAUAAAUAUAAUGAGAAGAGCGAUGAAUCCGAUCGAGUUGACCUGCGCAUACAUCUUUACGAUGGAUUUAAGAACUUUCGUCAGCAUAUUGAAAAUGUCGUACUCGACGUACAAUUUCCUUCAGAGAACGAAGGAAUCGUAAAUUACAAGGUUUCGAUUAAUCUUUGAUUAAUCUAAUUCGUAAAUAACUUGAUAUCAAAAUUUUCAAGAAUUCGAAAUUUUGUAAUUACAUUUUAAAAUUUGAGUUUAAAAUUUUUCCGUGAAGAAAAUCUUCUUUGAAAUCGAAUUUUAACGAGCUAUACGAUAAAACUAUCUAUUGAA